AGCCUCUGUUAAUAGUCUUUCAAAAAGAACAAGAAAUACCAGGAAGGAACAAAUGCAGAAAAGAGGAAGAGGGAGCGUCUAUGGCAGGUGAAGGGUGAAUGUGAUAUUUCGCAGUGUAUCGACCCGAGAACGUGCACCGUGUCGAUUUCACAGUGCACACACCAAUGGACCUGUACACUGCCUGUGGAUGUAUACCCAUUGAGAAAAACAACACAUGUUGCAUACUCCCUAACACUGGUGUCUGGCCCACCUACCAAUGGGAAAAUUGUGCGAGAUCCAGCUGUUCAGAGAGUACAAAUGUGUCUAUCCCUACAUCCGCAGACUCGGCAUGGCAUUUCCCAUCUUUUCUUUCUACAGUAUAUUCUGUGCACUUGGUCUUCUUUUUUUCUCUAAGAGAAGUCCUGUUGAAGCUGGAUGAAGUGGAUGUCAGUGUGGAGAUGAGUUUGUUCAAAGAUCACACGUACACAGAGGCUUUCAUCAGUGCAUCUACUAUUAAGUUCAAGGAUCAAGUCUACAUCCAGAUCCAAGUCACAGAGCCAGAAGACUUCUUCCGUCUGAAAGUGAACGAGUGUUGGGCAACUCAGAAUGCUCAGCCUCAUGACAAAUCAGGCUUUACUCACACACUGCUGAUAAAUGGGUGUGCAGAUGACAACUUUAUUCGUCAACAGCUCAGUACAUCGAGAAAGGGAAACGGCGAGGGAUCAACUGUCCGCUACUCCUUUGAAAUGUUUCUUUUUCUAAGCGAGCCCUAUGGUUUCUACCUGCAUUGUACUGUGCAUUUCUGUACACCAGAGGAUGAAAAUUCUUGUAUUCCUGUAAGCAUCUGUACCAUUGUUUUAUUGCAUUGUCUGUUCUUCUGUGCUAGUUAUUGAAGGUCUUGUUUUCACUUUGUUUACUUGAUAACCCUUUUUAUUAGGAGUGUAAAUCUGUGUACAAAAGAGAGGUGAUUGUGGAUAAACAGGUUCAAGGUCUCCUGUCUUAUAGACCAAUCAAACAAGAGGUCCCAGAGAGGCCCAUGACAAGUAAGUUUAGACAGGUUCCUACAACAUUUUAAUACAUGGAUACCUUUUAAUGCAAUCGAGAAUGGGUACAGUGGCCUCAAAAAGUAUUUGGAUACUUAAGCCACACUUAAUAUAUCUAAAUGUAUAUUUCAGCCUGGCCUCAUGAAAUUUACGUGACCAUGGCAACAUAUUUGCAAACCAAAAUUACGUGCUGUAUUAUAUGUUUGGCUGUGUGUUUCUCCGUGACAUGUCAAAUGAUGUAAUAAGACAAGGUUUUUAAGAUGAAUAUUAGAUGGAUGUUUUAAAACCGACAUCCUUACCCUAACCAACACCUAAACCUAACCGAUAGUGUUCUUGUCACAAAAGCACAUUUUAUAAAGCAACCACGUCAUUGCAUGUCGCUUGACACUUUCGUGUUACGUAUCAACUUCCGUGCUUGUUUGGGCUCGAACCACAUACUUCAGAGUCUAAGUUGAACACAAUCAGAAUCAGCUUUAUUGCCAAGUAUGCUUACACAUACAAGGAAUUUGUCUUGGUGACAGGAUCUUCCAGUGUACAACAAUACAAAAACGGCAGAAAGACAUAGAUAAUAAUAAAAAAUAGUUAUACACAUACGUACACACACAUGCAUACAUACACAUAUGUAGUGCAAUCUAAUACAAAAGUUAUCUGUUAUGUACAGCACAAAUACAAAUCUGUUAUGUA